AUGUCUGAUAAAACAAAUGACGAACAGCAUGAUAUUUAUGCCGAAAUUGAAAAUGUUAAAGUUCCAUUUGAUGUAGCUCAAUGUGAUGGUGAUUUAAUGUAUACUUAUUUACCAAAUUGGAUUAAUAGUCUUACUGAUGAACAAAUACGAGCUCCACCAAUGUCAGCUAAUGUAUUUCAACAAUAUAUUCGUCAGUCUCAUCUUGAAGCUACAAUGGCUAAUAGUGUUCGAAAAAUGGCUUUAAAUGAAGAUCGUCUAUUUACAAUUGAUGAUUUUGAAUUUGGUCGACCACUUGGUAAAGGUGCAUUUGGUAUUGUAUAUUUAGCACGACUUAAAAAAACGAAAUUUAUUUGUGCAUUAAAAAUGCUUCAUAAAAGUAAAAUCAAUGAAUAUUCAAUGGCUGAACAAGUUAAAAUUGAAACUGAAUCUGGUUUUAAACUUAAUCAUCCACUUAUUUUAACAAUGUAUGAUGUAUUUCAUGAUGAAAAACGUUUUUAUUUUAUGCUUGAAUAUGCACCACAUGGACAACUUUAUCGAUUUUUACAAAAAGUUCGCCGUUUUAGUGAUCGUUUAGCAGCUAGUUAUAUCUAUCAAAUUUGUCAUGCACUUGAAUAUUGUCAUAGUAAAAGUAUUAUUCAUCGUGAUUUAAAACCAGAAAAUAUUCUUGUAGAUUGUUGUGGAAAUUUAAAAUUAGCUGAUUUUGGUUGGUCAACUAAAAUUCGUCAUGCUGAUACAAUGAAUACAACAGCUUGUGGUACACUUGAUUAUUUAGCACCGGAAAUUGUUGGACAUAAACAAUAUCAAUAUCAAGUUGAUAAUUGGUGUGUUGGUGUUCUUGCAUUUGAACUUUUAGCUGGUCGUGCACCAUUUGAAGGUACUGAUGAUGAAACAAAAUCAAAAAUUGCUAAUAUUAAUUAUAAAUUUCCGGAUUAUUUUUCUCAACCUGCUCGACGAUUUAUUGAUAAUCUUUUACAAAAAGAUCCGAAAAAACGUAUGUCACUUCUUGAUUGUAUUGCUCAUCCAUGGUUACAAAAGAAUGCUUAUAAAUAUAUGUUUGGCCCUUAUAAAUGUCCGAUUUAUGUUAACAUGGAUGAAUAA